AUGUCUAUCGUGUUCCUUUUGUUCUUUAAUGCCCUUGUGUGGGCCGCUGGCGAAAAGCUCGGCUAUGUCAAAGAACCACCACAAGUCUACGUCGCCCCAAAGCCUGCAAACAUCACGACAUUAUUAAAUUUCAUUGACUCGAGAGAGGAUCUUUCAAACUUAUCACAGAUAUUGAGAGAGCCAGCGGGCUUUGUCAAGGCAUUUGACACUUCUCCCACUUGGUCUUUCACUUUCUUCGCACCCAGUAACGAGGCCUUUGAACACACCGGCGCCUACUAUUCCUCAUUUGCUGCAACACCGAAAGGCAAAUGGUGGAUUGGUAAUUUGAUCAACCAUCACUACAUCCCUAAUUCGAAGUUGACAACCAGUAACUUCAAUUCAACCUUGUCGCGCGUGCAGGUUAGUUGUUCUUUCCUGCGUUAG